AUGUCAUCCCCAAUAGUUGACCCACCACCUUCUUCAGAUGAGCCAUCAUCACCUGAUCCAUCCCCUUCAUCAACAACCGAGGAUCCUUCUCCAACUACAACAGAGGCACCACCACCAUCAACAACAGAAGAACCACCACCACCAGAGAGUAGUACCACCGAUAUCCCGCCAUCUACUACAAGCGAUGAACCUCCUCCUGAGACGACAACAACAGACCCCCCUGUAACAACAUCUUCGGAUCCACCACCUCCAGAUACAACAACAACGACAUCCUCAGAGUCAUCUUCACCACCUGAUACAACGACAUCGGAUACACCACCAGAAACUACAACGUCGGAACCACCUCCAGAGACUACAACAUCGGAUGUACCUCCUCCUGUUACAACUACUAGUGAGCCACCAUCACCUACUACUACUACAGAGGUACCUACCACUACAACCACCACUUCAAGGGUAACUACCACUGGUGGUCGACCAUCGACCACCACGACUACAACAUCAGAAAGUAGUAACACCUCUUCUUCUUCAUCAUCUUCAUCUUCUACUUUAUCAUCUUCAUCUACCUUCGAGCAGCCAUCAUCGAGUCCUAUUCCUGUUACAACCAUUACUUCCUCGGGAACGGAUAUCAUUACCAUUACAUCAACCUCCUACUCGAUUGUGCAACCAACAGGCAUUGACCAAGGCAAUCAUACAGGCGAUGGUGGAUCAUCUACAAAUGCAGGUGCCAUUGCAGGUGGUGUUGUUGGUGGUGUGGUAGGUGUUGCUGCGAUAGCGUUGGCCGGUUUCUUUUUAUAUCGUAGAAAUCGCAAGCAAAAGCAACAAGCUGCUAAUAUCGACCCAUUUGCUGGUGUUUAUCCACCACCUUCAUCUUCUCAUCAACCCAUGUCAUCCCAUGGUACACUAAGUACAGGUGCUGGUUCAAAUGCACGUCCUUUGGUGGCUCCACUAAGACCCGUGAGCAAAACGGCUGGUGAAGAACUUGAUCCUUAUGGUCCUUAUCUUACACCACAAGCUGCCUCCUCUGGUGGUGCUGGUAGUGCAGGAGGUUACUAUGAGGAAACGUCACCACGUCAUUCAACACCAUCCACAGGGUACUACUCUCAACAACAACCUUAUUACACUGAUCAAGGCUAUGAUGGCUAUGGUUAUUAUCAUGAUGGAGGAGCACCAGUACCCCCCUUGCCCACAGCAGCCAAUGAAGGUGGAAUCAACUAUGGACGCCACGUGCCUGAUCUUGCUGAUGAUGAACCUGAACAUCCUCCUGCUACAACUACUUCACGACGAUGA